AUGGCCCCUACAGCCGGCUUUCUGGCCAAGUCCGAGUCCAAGAAGCGCUUCUUCGAGCGACUCGGCCUGGACGAGAGGAAUAAGCUUCACCGGCAGUUGUACUCCACCGUGGAAGGCUGGAGUCGCAUCUCUGCAAAUCGAGAUGCUCUGAUCCCAGCGCUUCGAAAUGAACCGGUCGAGCCCCCUUUUACCUUUGGUCAGAUUGACGAGGAAGCUGUCCAUGCAGAAGUGUUGCAUAUCUUCAAGAACGCACGGAAAGAUACCAAGAUCAUGUAUCAGCUGGGCCGCGACUACGAUGGCGACAUGGAGCAAAAUUGGAUCAUCCGCUGGCUCUUAUGGCACGUGUUCCGCUACCGUGACGACCGCAAC